CUCCAGGGAUGGGGAGCACAGGGCCAGCCACCGCUGGAGGAGCCCUGUAAAACAAAGCUUCCUGCUGUAACUCAGGCUGCUUCCUUGGGGCAGACGUGGGGGUGGGGGAAUGGAUAACUUCCUGGCUCCACCGGCCUUCCGAAAAAGAAGUUUUUCUUGAAGGUGAGGACUUAAAUUCAGGAGCCAGCGGAGACGGAGUGGCCAGAUAGGUCUGUUUCUCAGUCAAGAUGGGGAAAAAUCUGGUGACAGCACAGAUACGAGGAGAGACUCGUGCCCUGUGCCUGGGCACAGUCAUGGUGGUGUGUUCUGCCAUCGCCUACUACAUCCUGGGAACAACCAUGCUGCCCUUAUUCCACAAGAGUGUAUGGACUGAAGUAUCUGAUUGUCACCUAGUUGAAGCAGAUAUUAGGGACCAUGAGAAGCUGGAUGGCAAGAAGGUCCCACAGUAUCCAUGUCUGUUGGUCAAUGUAUCUACCAUUGGGAAGCUGACCAUUUUGUACCACACAGAGGAGACAAAAGAAAAAAAUUCCCAGUGUUCCUAUAUCCCUGAGAGGUUGGAAGACUACCAAGAAGCCAGGAUGAAAGUGGAAGAUGUCAAGGUCAGGUUCAAAGAGCACCAGACUUUUCCCUGCUACUCAGACCCUGAAGAGAGUGAGAAGAGUGUCCUGCUCAAAAAGCUUUAUACUCCAGAGACCCUGUUGAAGUGGCUUUUUUGGCCUACCUUCAUGCUAACUGGAGGAAUAUUCAUCAUAAUGAUGGUGAAAAUCAACCAGUCUCUCUCCAUCCUUGCAACACAGAGAAAGAACCCGAUCAAUACUUCACAGUUCAGGCACAACUGAAAUCUGUGGCCCCAUUCCAUCAUUAUUUUUCAGAGCUAUUCACAACUAUCUCUCUUUAUAUUUAAUUUCUUCUUUUACAGUCCAACCUAAUUAUCAUUGACAUUAAUAUUUGUCAUGUUAUGUACUUAUUCAAAAGCCUACCAUGAUUCCCUACUAUUAAGGCCAAACUCUGCACUAUGCUCCAUUUCUUACCUUAUCUACUUUCUUUACCUAACACUUACCCUUAAGUGACUGUCUCCAGCCAGGUCUGUCCCUGAAUUUCAUAUCCCCUAAAAUGAAACUGAUUUCCACCUUCAACUUUGCUCAUGCUGCCUUCCCUCCAUAGAAUAUAACCUCUUCAUUCUUCUUGGCCCAUGAAUUUUCUACGUAUGCUUCAAAGUCCAAGCCUCAACUCCUUUAUGAAGCCUCUACACAUAAGCCUUAGGCCACAGGAAUUCCUCUGUCCUCUGAAUUCCUAAAGUAUUUGCAAUGUGUACCACACAAUAUAACAACUGAUUGUAUGAUUCCUUCCGUUGCUCUCUCUUUGAUGGUAGUCUCAUCUUUCCAGCCAAAAUGAGAUGUUGGUUCACUUUCCACUGGGGACCUUGCCUUCUCCUAUAUGUGUCAGAGCAUUCAGUACAGAUCUAGCACUUCAUAAAUAGUUGUUGACUUAAGCAAAUAUAAAUUCACAUUUAAUGCACACCUUAAA